CUUUACUACCACUUAACCUACUAGUACCACUAACUACUACUUUUAUAUAUAUAUAUAGAUAUAUAAAAUACGUAUAUAUAUAUAUAUAUAUAUAUAUACAUUUACAUUUACUUUUUACAUUUUUCGACGUACAUCUUUUGAGACAAUCUAUCCAGAUGACAAACCUUCCAGUUGUAGUGAUGGACAAUGGUACCGGCUUUUCAAAGCUUGGUUUUAGUGGUAACAAUGAACCUUCGUUUGUGUUUCCUACUGCCAUUUCGACUCGCGAAACUCCCUCGGCAUCCGGACGCCCAGGUGUGCCCUCCAAACCUUCGUUCUUGAGUAACAAUUUGGCGUCAAAGCGUGGUAUCGAAGAUCUGGACUUUUAUAUCGGCGACGAGGCAUUGGCACAGAGCAAAACCAUGGCGCUCAACUAUCCUAUUCGCCACGGCCAGAUUGGCAACUGGGAUCAUAUGGAGCGGUUUUGGGAACAGUCGAUCUUCAAGUACUUGCGUUGUGAACCCGAAGAUCAUUAUUUCCUAUUGACAGAACCUCCUCUUAACGCUCCUGAGAACCGUGAGAUGACUGCCGAGAUCAUGUUCGAGUCAUUCAAUGUCCAGGGUCUUUACAUUGCUGUCCAGGCCGUUCUGGCCUUGGCUGCAUCCUGGACUUCCAACAAAGUUAGCGAACAGACCUUGACAGGUACCGUUGUUGAUUCUGGAGAUGGUGUUACCCACGUUAUUCCAGUGGCUGAAGGUUAUGUGAUCGGAAGUUCUAUCAAAAGUAUUCCUAUUGCCGGUAGAGACAUCACUUCAUUUGUCCAGCAACUUUUGCGUGAACGUGGUGAGACCAGUAUCCCACCCGAAGAUUCGUUGCGUGUUGCCGAAGCCAUCAAGGAAGAAUAUUCCUAUGUGUGCCCUGAUAUUGUCAAGGAAUUCAAAAAGUAUGAUCAGGAGCCCGGCAAGUACUUUAAGAAAUAUGAAGGUGUUCACAGUGUCACUGGUCGAGAUUACUCGGUUGAUAUUGGAUUCGAACGUUUCUUGGCUCCCGAAAUCUUCUUCAACCCAGAAAUUGCUAGCUCAGACUUCUUGACUCCUUUGCCAGAGGUUGUUGAUACUGUAAUCCAGACUAGUCCUAUUGAUGUCCGUAGAGGACUUUACAAGAACAUUGUCCUUUCUGGUGGAUCGACCAUGUUCAAGGACUUUGGCAAGAGAUUGCAAAGAGAUAUCAAGCGCACUGUUGAUUCACGUAUUCAGGCCAGCGAGACCUUGAGUGGUGGUGACAUGAAGGCCAAGCCAAUGGAAGUUAAUGUAAUUUCUCACAAGAAGCAACGCCAUGCUGUCUGGUUUGGUGGCAGUUUAUUGGCUUCUACUGCUGAAUUCUACAACUGUUGCCAUACAAAGGCCGAGUAUGAUGAGUAUGGUCCAAGCGCACUCCGUUACAACAGAGUUUUUGGUUCUAUGCUUUAAGAAAAUAUACGAUUAAUGACAAUAACAAGAAGAAGAAGAAGAAAAGAAAAUAAUGCAAAAAAAAAAGACAGUACACACACACACACACGCACACAUACUAUACACACAUAUGCAUAUAUGCACAUACGCACAUACGCACAUACGCACAUACGCAUAUAUACAUGUAUUAUAUACUUUGUGUUUCUGUGUGGGUGUGGGUGUGAAUAUAUCCAGACCUCUUCAAAGAAACCAUAAAAGAGAUAAGAAGAAAAAAUGAAAAAAAAUGAAAUGAAAUGAAACGAAAAAGAAAAGAAAAGAAAGCCAUUUAUUACCUUUAUUACCUUUAUUAUGUAAUGAGUUAGGGUUGUGUGUGUGUUUCUAAAGAGAUACUUAUACUCUAAAUGGAUAUUAUAUAAAUAUAUAUCUAUAUAUUAUGUUUUGAUAUAAAGUACAUUGUGUGAAUGCAUUUAAUUAUAUAUUAUAUAUUGAUUGAUUGAUUG